AUAUUUUGAAGAGUAUGUACACAUGCUCGAUAGAUUAAACUCGAUUAAACUCGUAAGAUAUAAUCGAAUUAGAUAUUAAACUGCAGCUGGAUAUAUUUGAGGAAAUAAAAGUGGCGAAUAAUAAUGAUUUCUCUUGAUAUUUUUCGAAACGUUGUGAUAAAAAAAAACGUGUGGAUAAAUAUGGGAACAGGAAAGAUGAAUGAAAACGUACGCGUUCGCCAAAGUAGAAAUAAUGUAAUAUCAGGAAAAAAAUAAAAUACACGAGACGCUUUUGCAAAACGUUCUUACAUAACUCGCCUCACGAGUGAUCUUCGAUUAGUGUUACCGAUUACUAUUCGAUUAAAAUACGAGGAAAUUCAACACUUCGGAUACUUAUUUAUUAUUUAUUUCUACUUAUUCUUUUUCUGUUUAUUUUUAUGCUUACUAUUAUAAAAUUAAAUGCUCAACUUUCAAUUAGAUAGCUCAACGACGACGUAGAGGGGAUAUACAUAUUAUUAAAAAGCAAGCGCAUCGAACAGAAUUUUUAUUGUAUUCAACGUCUACAGACGAUAUCCACUUGUUUCCAUUUACUUCCACUUGCUACCACUUACUUCCACUUGCUUUCCCAUACGAAUUCGUACGAAAAUUGUGAAACUUCUUAUCAUAUCAAUUUCGCAUCAAUCUUACAAUGCAAAUUCGGAGUUUUGAUCGCGUGAUUAUAGGACUUUGUUGAUUUUGUUCACUUCGCAGUGUCGCCUUUCCUCUAGUUUUGGACAUUUCCAUUCGAUCAACUCUAGCUUAUAAUCAUUUAUAUGUGCGGAUACGUUCUUCCGUGCAUCAUUCAUUUCCAAGAGAUCGCUUCAAGAAUUCAUUAAGGAGUCUUUAAGGAAAGUUAUUUUCAAUGGGUGAAAAAGACGUAGAAAUGAAGCCGUCGUCGAUACAAAUUUCAACAGGUGCGUCUAACGAGAUAGAUUUGGAACAAUACGUGCAACUUGCCAUUAAUGAAACAGGCUUUGGUAAAUUCAAUCUGAAAGUGAUGGUCCUUUGUAGUCUGGUCUAUCUAAACACAGCACUCAGUAUAUGCAGCAUCGGAUUUAUUCUUCCUUCCGCAGCAUGCGAUUUUCAAAUGAGCACGAUCGAAAAAGGAAACAUCAACAUAACAUUUUUGAUCGGAAUGACCUGUGGCUGUUACUUUUGGGGUUGUUAUGCCGGAAUCAAAGGUAGAAUAAGAACUUUGACGAUCUCGCUGUUUCUUCAAGGAACGUUUGAAUUUUUCUGUGGUAUCGUCCCACACUAUGGAUUCUUCUUAUUAUUUAAAUUUCUUAGCGGAUUCUCGUUAAGUGGACAAAGUGGAACGCUCUUUGUUUAUUUAGGAGAAUGUCAACCAACAAAGUAUAAAGAGAUAUUACUUUCUUGGCUAGAGAUGGCAUGGACAUUAGGUCUUAUCGCGGCACCAGUUAUUGGUUGGCUCAUAAUUCCAUUAAAAUUUGAUUUCAAUACGGAACCUUUCGUAUUUCACUCUUGGAAUCUAUUCGUUUUGAUAUGUUCGCUUCCAUCGUUAAAGAUCGGCUUUUGGACUUUAUAUUUCAUUGAAAGUCCCAAAUUCCUUGCCGAAAGUAUGCAAAUGUCGGAAUUGGCCGUUGUACUUGGAAAAAUAUAUUCCGAAAAUACAGGAAAUCCGGUAGAAAAAUACUUCGAAAUACUUGCUAAAAGUGAAAAUCCUUUGCAUAAAACUCUGAAAAUGAAUAAUUAUAAAAAUUCAAACGAGGAAAGUAGAGGGAAAUCUUUAAGAACGAUUGUAUAUUCGAUGUAUACGCAAACAAUAUCUCUUUUUAAACCACUACACAUUAGGAGAAGUCUCAACGUAUUCAUUCUCGUAUGCUGUAUUACGGCCUCAUACUACACACUGAUGCUUUGGUUUCCGGAAUUGUUUCAAAGAUUCGCCAAAUAUGAAAUAAUGUAUCCAGAAGAAAGCGCUAGCGUUUGCAAGAUUUCGAAAAUAAAUCAAUUUGGAAGCAAUAAAACAUUGAUAUUAGAACGUGAUAUAUACGACUGUGAAAAUAGUAUUCACGAUAAUGUCUUUUCCCAUACACUACUCUUAGGACUAGCUUGUGUACCACUUAGUAUUAUUCUCCCGCUGACCGUUAAAUACACGGGUUACAAAAUUUAUUUAAUAAUUUGCACGUUCCUCUGUACUAUAGUAACCAUCGGAUUUUUCUUUAUAAGAUCAUCGACGCAAAAUCUUAUACUUUCUUGCAUUUUUGAAGCGUUAACUUCUAUAUGCAUGAGUAUCAUCUUCUGUAUGAUCGUCGACCUGUUUCCUACCAAUUUAAGAAUGAUGGCAGCUGCUCUAGCUGCAUUUUGUGCACGUUUGGGAUCGUUUGCAGGAAAUUGGAUAUUUGGUUAUUUAAUAGACAAUUAUUGUCUACCAUUGAUACUCAUAGUAGCGGCACAACUCUUCUUAUGCUCUAUACUUAGCUUUCUUACACCUGGAAGGUUUGGACAAACAAAAGCAAUGGGGAAUACAUAAUUCUAAAUGUUUCGUCGAAGUAUAUGUAUCUAACCAUGUACGUGUGUAAGAUGAAUAUGAAUUUUUUAGACGUAUGACGUGUGCUAUGAGACUCAAUUUUAUUUACUAUUAUAAUUUUUAUGUAUUUAUUUCCAUUUGAAGAUAUAUAUUAUUUUCAUAAAAUGUUCAUUCCUUCUGGAUAAUCAAGAUUAUCGAAUAAGCAGGAAUAAUUAACUCGACGAAUGUUAAUAUGUACACACUGUCCAUAUAUAAGGCUACAUUGCCAGUUGGGCCGAGAAAAGGCCGAAAACGUCACGUAACAGAUGAUAUCAUUCUCUCUGUCUGAACAAACAGAACUUUAUUCGCUAUGCGUAAUGAUAAUUUUUGACUUUGCGACGACAUUGGAGAGUCUAGUGAAGGUGAUGUUUAAAUUUUUAUAUGGUAUCCUAUAUUAUUUGUAACAUAUUCUUGUAGCUGACAUCGAACCAUUUUCAAAACUUCACCUAUAUGUAUUUUUUAUAAUUCGUUAUGAAGCUUUCAAAUUUGAUGUAUUUCGGCAAAUUAACGUUACCCGUUGUAUGUGAAUACAUAGAUGAGAGAUAAUUCGGUGCUGAGAGAUAAAUUUGUGUACUAUUAGAUAAAACGGCAGCAUUGAUGAUCUUUUAAUAGUGUUCUCUUCCUAUGCGUUUAGAAGGGUUUACGUCAUCAAUUCUCAUGAAUACAAUUUUUUAUUUUGAUGAUGCAACACUUAUCCAUAAAAUAAAGGACAAUUUCUUAUCUUUGGACUAUUAUCUUGUUUGAUUAUCUUGUUAAAUUUUUGAAAAAUAUUAUUUUCAAUGUUAUUUUCGAUAUUGUGUUAUUCAUAUAUUGUAUUUUUCAAUGUUAAUUCAAUAUUAUUUUCUUUGCUCAUACAGAAAUCAUAUUCAAAAAAUGAGUAAUUUUCAAAAGUAAUUUUCACUGUAAAAGCAUGUUUGGAAAAUUAGAAACAAUAAUUUCAUGCAGAAUAUCUUUAUCUUUGGAAUGAGCGAGAUCGAUCAAAAACUGAUCAUCGAAAUUUGACAAAAACUGUAACUAAGAGAAUUGAUGGCGUAAACCCUUGCAACACGCUACGUGAAUUUUAUGCAGGUAUGCUUAUAUUACAACGCUAUCCCAUAUCGAGAAAAUGACGUAUGCGAGUUUCGUCUGAUUUUUACUUUGAAGAAACGAAUAAGCUAUUAAGCGACAGAUUUUUAAACAAUUAUUCCUAUAAUGAAUAAAUUUAGUUAGACAUAUAUCAUUGAUUAUAAUCUAUCAAUGAUAAUUAUCGUUCAAAAUAACGUAAUCUAAUAAAUAGUUUUUUCUUGUUACUUUUUUCUUCCUUUAAAGCUAAUGGAUACGGUUCUCUAGUUUUCGCGUUACUUCUUUUAGACCAUUUUGAACACAAUUAUCUAUUAUUUAGCUAAUUAUUAAUUAUCUAGCUAUUUUUGGCUCAGUGUUCAUACAUAUUUCAUUCCUAUUCCGAAAUGUGUUGUUAUUCGAUUAUUUAUAUAAACAUAAUGUAAAAAUUUAUUAUUAUCCCGAUCGCACAUGCAAAAUAAUAUCUGUGAAAGAAACUAUAUUCUGACGUAUAAAAAAGACAUGAUCGUAAUCAAGUCUUAAAUAUGAUCUUGGUAGCCUUACUAAUUGUUUGAUGAUCACUUAGAAGUAAGAGCUACAAGAUAUUUAGGAAUUACGUCAUUUAUUACUAAUAGUAAGAAUUUAUAUUAUUUCGAGGCGAUAGAUAUUUGUCUUAUCGUAAUGUUUCUUUAUUACUAUACUAUGUUGCCCAAAAUAUUACUUAAAUACGUCCACAGGAAAUCUGUUUGUCCAUAAUGUAUCUUGUCAAAAAAAUAGAAACUUAUUACUUGCCGAUUAAAUAUGACAAACCGAUAUCUUAAGCGAUUAUCAGUACUGAUAAUUUAAUUCUUGGAUCUAAUGUGGAUUGUCCUAGACAUACAUUCUAGUGAAAUACGUGCAUAAGAUAACGAAUAAGCGUCGAAUCAUCGCAAAUUUUCUCAAAUGCCCAUAACCAUCUCAAGUGCAAAUUUGACACGAAGUUCAAAAUCACGAGGCAAAAUUUUGUACACUCUAGCAGAUCUAAAUGCUUUAAGUUGAUCUUUUUUUCUAUUUUAUUGCCGGUCCAUUUGAAUAAUCUUACAUUAGCUAGAAGAGUACGAAUGGAGGAUUUUUUAUUUAAUUGAAAUGCAGGUGAAAUAUUAGCUUCAUCGAUUACGGAUCAAAUACGAAAUCUUUUUUCUUUGUACUUCCACAUUUCCGGUGCUCAAAAAAAGCAAAUUUUUUUAUCUACAAAUAUGAAGAUUAUCGCUGAUAAAAAUACAAUAUCUUAACGACAUCACAGUCGAUUUCAAUCAAUUAGCAUGACAUUCAUGAAAUUUUGAAAACACUUCGCGAUAAGAUACAUAUUCAUCGCCUUCAAGUAACUACACUUUAUUUGUAGUAGUAAAUAACAGAAUUAUUAUAUCUCAUAGUUCCUAUUUCUAAUAGUAAGAUAACUGCAAUGAAAAACAGAAUAGCAUAAAUGUUAGUCAAUUUAAUUAUGUUUUGUCUAUAAACAAACGUAGUUCAAUCGAGUUACCUCCUCGACGGUAAAGUACUUGCAUACAUCGAAUAACUAAUUAAUGCCGAGAUCAGAACAAAUUUGAAAGCGUAAUACCUCAACAAUGAUUUAUGCAAAAUACAUACGCAAGUAGCAUUCUAAAACAGUUUGAUUUCAGCUACACGAAGGUAUAAUAAAGAAUAUAGUUUUAUUAAAAAAUUUAAACGAAAAUUUUAAGAAUUCUCCGACGUCAUAAUAAUGUAAUUUCGUUUUUUUUCUUGCUUUGUUAAAAGAUUCGAUAGAAAAAAUAUGAAAAUAAAGAUGAGAACAGAAAAGAUGAACGAAAAUAUGCACACUCGCGAAAGUAGGAAUAAUAUAGUAUGCGAAAAAACAAGAAAUUGUAAACAUUUUUGCAAAACGUUCUUGCGUAACUUGCCUUUCACGGCUAGAUUGACUUUAAUGAUAUUUAUUCGAUUAAAUCAAGAGGAAGUUCAAUAUUUCGAAUACUUAUUUAUUAUUUUUAGUUACUCUUUAGUAAAUACUCGUCUUAUCUAUUAUUGUUAAUUACUUUUUAGUAAAUACUCGUCUUUUAAUUAGCCCACAGAUGGGAAAGAAAGAAAGGCAAUAAUGUAAAAGAAGUAUACAAACUAUUAAAAGAUAAGCAUAUCGAACAGAAUCUUUUAUCUAUUUAU